AGUUAAAAACAGAGCUUUUAGCAGGUUGCUUGCUGAAAUACCCUGCGACUAACCUACCUUCCCCCCGCGUUGUUAUUUAUACUCUUCUCGUCCGUAAACGCUGAGAGAAGUGCGAAAACCCUUAUUAUUGCACUCAUUUUUUUUUUUACCAUUUCUGCUUGAGCUCUUUAAUUCAGUUAAGUCAUUUGUUGUGUGUUGUCUACAGCUGAUAUACCGUGCAGCACAAAAAGGGUUUCGUGUUUUCCACUCGAGCACGUGGCAUUUGUCAAAAGACUGCUAUACUAAAUAACUUGUUCUGCAGACGUUUGGCUUGCUGUUUUUUUUUUUUUUUUGGGGGGGGGGAGGUUGUUGCAGCUGAAGCUUGACAGGAGGAGCUCACCGUAAGGAUUUUAAUCGAGCAUUUGCAACGCGCCAUGGCGACCGAAGUGGAUACGUGGACCUUAGCUCCAAAAGCUGACGGGGUGUUCUCUUUCGAUGAAAACUUGGCAGAAGCUAACCAUCCCUACACCGUUGACGAUGACUUGCUGAACGAGGCAGAGGUGAACGGUAACUGGACGCCUCAGGAGAAAGCACUUCACGAGGCACGACUCAAAGCCAAAGCUAAGCGUCGCCUGCGCAAGUCCUCCUCCCGCAACUCUACCAGCGAGUCUUUCUCUGAGUCAGGAGAAUUGUCCGGAAGUGACCCACACAGCCCAAAGGGCAAAGUCGGCACCAGUGACCGCAAAUCCAGGACGGGCAAAGGCAGAGGCCUGCCAAAAAAAGGUGGGGCAGGUGGUAAAGGAGUUUGGGGGGCUGCUGGGAUGGUUUAUGAAGAUGAGGAACCUGAUAUGCGGGACCCUAACUACGAUGAGUCUGCUCAGGGGGACACAGUUUAUGCAACAGUUGUGCCAGAGGUGGAUGAGAAGGAACUAGAAAAAAUGGUCAACCCAAUUGUACAGGAGUACUUUGAACAUGGAGACACAAAAGAAGUCCAGAUGUUGCUAAAGGGACUCAACCUGGGCCAACAUAAGUACGAGUUCUCCUCCCUGGCUGUGUCCCUGUCUCUUGAAGGCAAGGCCAGCCACAGAGAGCUGACCUCCCGCCUGCUGUCUGAUCUGUCGGGCAAGAUGGUGUCACAAAGUGAAAUGGCACGCGCCUUCGACAAGAUACUGAAAGAGCUGCCAGACCUCAUACUGGACACACCGGAGGCUCCACAGAUGUUAGGCCAGUUUAUAGCCAGAGCCAUAGCGGACCACGUCCUCCCAAUGUCAUUCCUGGACUGUUACAAGGGCAAAGUGGAUUGUGAUCAUGCCAGAGUGGCUUUAGACCGUGCCGAAGUGCUGCUGAACAUGAAGAGGGAGAUGGUUCGUCUAGAUAAUGUGUGGGGUGUGGGUGGAGGCCUGAGACCUGUCAAACAUCUCGUCAAAGAGAUGAACCUCCUGCUCAAGGAGUACCUGAUAUCAGGAGACGUGGCGGAGGCAGAGCAUUGUCUGCGGGACCUGGAAGUCCCACACUUCCACCAUGAGCUGGUCUAUGAGGCUGUAGUGAUGGUGCUGGAGUCAAAAGGAGACACAGCUAGUCAUAUGAUGAUAAAGCUGCUGCAGUCUUUCUGGAAAACAGGUCUUAUCACUGUGGAUCAGAUGAACAGGGGUUUCCAGCGUGUCUAUGACGAGCUCCCAGAAAUCAACCUUGACGUGCCACAUGCCCAUUCUAUCAUGGAGACCUUUGUGGACCUCUGCUACCAAGAGUCUGUCAUCACCAAACAGCUGAGGGAUGCCUGUCCAGCCAGAGGACGGAAGCGUUUUGUAAGUGAAGGAGAUGGAGGUGCGAUUAAGAACUAAUCCACAAGAGGAAGAGCAGAUUAGGAGGCGGCUGAGGGGUGUCAACAGGUUCUUACCCCCGGUUUCUGCUCCAGCAUGUUUUCCCCUGGAUAUGGCAUGCUGGCAGUCUAAAGUUUUCUCGUUUCUCUCCUGAUAAUGUUGUCAUUACACAAACCAACAUUGAAGUUCGGUGAAAGUAGACUGAAGAGUUGCCCAGGCGUUCAGUUCUUAUCAUCUUGUUGUUCACUGUUUUAGACUUUUUUUUUUUUUUU